ACUUUGAAGAGGACUAGUUUGAGAGAAAUCGACAGGAUGGACGCUGCCUGUUAAAGUCUACAGCUCUGCCCACGCUGUUCGACUUUAGACCUCAACCUAAGCGAAGGAAACUCCCUAUGAGACGGACUGCCGAAUGUGGACCUGCUGGUGAGGAUCGAAGGCACCAACUCCACCUCAACAGUUGCUACAGACGCUGACCAAGAAGACUCCGCAGAACUGAGUCGAGAUAGUACCUCUUCUUUCGAAGAAAAUACAGUCGAGCAUGAGAGCAAUGAAGAUAUUUCCCCACUCUCUGUAUGUGAACUACGAAAGGCUCUGCAAGAUGCGAAAAAGAAAAACACUGAUUUGCAUGAAAACUUCUCGACAUCAAAACAGAAGUUGAAGACUGCUGCCAGGAAAACAAAGCGGUUAGAAAAAGAUCCCUCAGUGCUGACCAAAAAUGUGGAUUUCUUGAACGAGGACCAGAAGGCUGCCUUGAAGAGAAAGAGCCGGAAAGGUAGUGCAUGGAGUGCAGAAACCAUAAAGAAAGCGCUGCAACUCAAAUUUGCUUGUGGCUCUGCAGGCAACGACUUACUUUUAGAACAGGGCAAUCCUCUUCCCUCACGAAGAACACUUUGCAGACGACUGCAGCGCCUGUCAUUUAAGCCCGGCGUUUUGAUAUAGUAAAUAUGAUGAAAGUGAAAGUGGCCGCAAUGUCAAACAUUGAAAAAGACUGCGUCAUAUUUCUCGAUGAAAUGGAGAUUCGCAAGGGUGUCGAGCUAGACCGCAGUGGUGACGGCUUCCUUGGCAAGGUGACGCUCCUUGAAACCGACCGAGCAGCAAACCAUGUACUCGUCUUUAUGGUUGGGGGCCUAAACACUCGCUGGAAGCAGGUGAUUGCUUAUCACUACACAGGUGCUUUUGUUAAUAGAGAGAAGCUGAGAGACUUUGUCUUCCAUUUAAUCAACCUUUGUGCAGACAUUUCUUUGCGUGUGCUGUGCUCCAACUGUUCGAUGUGGCGGAGCUUAAGCCUGUCAAGCUCCCGCUACUCUGUCACUAGAUGCACUGUUCCCCACCCAUGUGACAAUUCUAUGUCAUUGUUUUUUAUGCCGGAUCCUUCACAUGUACUAAAAAAUAUUAGAGGGCACCUCGUGCGAAAAGAUCCCAUGAAACUUAGUGAAGAAAUAGUGGCAAAGUACAAUUUACGCAGCAGUGAUGUGUCAAUUGAGUACAUAGAAGCAGUCCUAAAGAUGGACUCAGAACAACUGAAGGUGGCACCUAACCUGAGUACCGUGCACAUUUCCAAUGGCCACUUCACAAAGAUGAAGGUAGGGGUAGCUGUUCAGUUAUUCCGGGAAGCACCUGCAGCUAUAAGGUACUUUGUAGAGCGCAUGAAGCUGCCGCCCGAGGCUGAAACAACAGCCUGGUUUUGUGAAGUAAUUUUCAAGCGGUACACAAUCAUGAGUGCACGGCACCCUGUUGUUGCUCUGAGCUUAUCAAAUGAAAGCAAAUAUGAAGAGGAUAUUGCAACGCUGAAACUCGCUGUUGAAGUCAUUGAUAGCUUAGGCAUUGGCAUCAAAAAGGUCUGGAAGCCAUGCCAGACAGGGAUGCUAAUGUCCACUGCUGUAGUGCUUCAACUGCAUGAAUUUCUGCUAAAGAAAUGUGGCUAUGCAUUCUUCUUGACAGGACGAUUGGCCCAAGAUUGCCUGGAGAACUUGUUUUCGGUCAUCCGGAUGAUUUCUCCCGUGCCCAGUGCAUAUGAUGUCAAAAAUGCGCUCAGAAUUGUGUCAGUUAGCCAGUUCCUCAAGGUACCUAAGAACUCUGGUUAUGAAGCUGACGACAGCAACUACUUAGUGGAUUUCUUCUCUGCAGAGAUUCAAGAAGUGCACAAAGAAUUUCAAGAACCCUCGUAUGAUGAUGAAUGCGCAGAGGGCGAGCCAUUGUCUCUUGUAGAAAAUGACAUCAUUGCUCACUUGGCAGGGUAUUUGGUGAAGUCUUUUAUAUCUACUAACAAACCAUACUCCACCUGUACUGAGACCCCGAUUGCUGAUGAGGCUUCCGAUGAGCAUGCUCUUGUGCAGCUCAAGGAGUACAAUCAAGGUUCCAGAAAUUUGGUGUAUGUAAGCCAUAUGGUACUGCGCUUUGUUUCUUCCUGUGAAUGUGUCUAAGAAAUUUUCACAGGAAAAUGAUAUUUGUCAUUUGGAUCACCCAAUCAAUACAUUGACGAGCCUUAUUGAACAAUCAGUUUCUCUGCCACCUAGUGAAUGCGCUGACCACCCAAGCGUUAUGAGAAAACUGAUGUGCCGUUUUGUUGUCAUGCGACUGCGUAUCUACCUCCGCUGGCUGAACGAGCCUGAUGAUUCAGACGACGGUUAUGGCAGCAAGACUGUGGCUGGCGUGAACUUGCCGUAGAGUAGCUUGCUUUAUAUCUUACACCAGUCCGUAAAUAGCUGCUUUUUUACCACUGACUUGCUGGCUUAUUUUGUAGUUUGCAUCUUUCUUCAUGCUUUGUUUUCAUGUUUGUUGCAAAGGUAACACCACAGUGCACAUAGAAACUUUUUGCCCAUAUGUCUUGCUGGCUUAUUUGGAGAUUUGCAUCUUUUUUCAUGCUUUGCUUUUAUGCUUUCCUUUUAAGGUUAAACCCCACUGUACAUACCCCCCUUAUCUGUCCCUCUGUCUUGUUUACUUGUAUUGUAGUUUGCGUUCUUUCGUGGUCGACUGCACUUGACAUUAAAUAAAUA